AUCAAAUGUUUAAAUUGCAUCAAAACCACAAUUCUGCUCUGAAGCUUUGCUUCAUAAUUCCCUGGCUUAGUGCAUCAAAGGCUAUUGAAAUUCUGGAAGUGUAUGAAGGGACAUUGGAAGAUGAUUAUCCUCCAGAAAAUGAACGCUGUGAGCAUGGGGAAAUGCUUUUGUAUAAGAUCUCUUUGUUAGAAGAAUGCGGAUUUUUUGAAAAGGCUCUUGAGGAGUUGCAAAAGAAAGAGUUAAAAAUU